UCGGUUGAGGCGAGCCGAGAGUAAAUAGAAGCAGGAGCCCAAAAUGGCGGAGCCGCCGAGUCCUCUUCGUGGCGCGGCGUCGCCCGAGACGGAGCCGUUCGGCGCCAGGCCAGCCCCGGACGCGAAGGUUUCCCGUGGGUCCCAGCCAGCCGCCAAGAAGAUGAAGGCAGCCGAUGAGAGGAGCCUGAAGGGCACUAAGCGCGUCAACGGUGAAGGGGGCGGUGGUGGCGGCAACGGCGGGAGCGGCAAGCAGGCGCUGCCGCUGCCCGCGGUCGUGCCGAGUUUCGGCAGCCCCGCGGCGUGGGGCUUCGCCGCGCUGCCUUCUGGCCCCUCCGGGGGCGCGGGGGGCUUCGCUUUCCCCUCUCAACUGCCCCGGAAGCUGCUGUCGCCCGCCGUUUUGCUGCCGUCGUCCGCCUCCCCCUCCUCCUCCUACCAGCAGCACCAGCACCGCCACCACCGGCACCGCCUGGCUCUGGCCGCCGAGGCGGGAGGCUGCGGGAGCGGCGGGGCGGCCGGCGGGAGCACCAAGCCGAAGAAGCCGAAGGAGAAGCGGGACAAGGAGAGGAGGAAGCACGGGACCUUGCCGGUGGUCGCGGCGGUGGGAGAUGGCGGCGGGGGCCUGAGCGCGGCGGGCCGGGAGGAGAACGGGGAGGUGAAGCUGCUGUUGCCGAAAGCUCAAAUCAAAGACAAAAUUAAAGAAAGGGAAAAGAAGCAAAAAGAGAAGAAGAAGCACAAAAUAAUGAAUGAAAUAAAGAAAGAAAAUGGAGAAGUCAAAUUAUUGCAAAAAGGUGGGAAGGAGAAACCAAAAACCAAUGCAGAAGAGCUACAGAUUAAAAAAGUUAAGAAGAAAAAGAAAAAGAAACAUAAAGAGAAUGAGAAGAAGAAGCGUCCAAAAAUGUACAGCAAAUCCAUUCAGACCAUCUGCUCAGGAUUGGUUUCUGAUAUUGAGGAUCAGGAAGCCAAAGGCAUCAUAGAUGAUCAUCUUAAGGAUUUCAGUGGGAAAAAUAUGGAUCCCAAGAAGGACUGUGAGUCCAAGAUACCAGAGAACAGUGAGUUUCCAUUUGUCUCGUUAAAGGAGCCACGGGUUCAAAAUAAACUCAAAAGGUUGGACACAUUGGAGUUCAAACAGCUGAUUCAUAUUGAGCACCAGCCUAACGGAGGUGCAUCAGUUAUCCAUGCCUACAGUAAUGAACUCUCCCACUUAUCUCCUGUGGAGAUGGAGAGAUUUGCAGAAGAGUUUGUGGGUCUGGUUUUUAGUGAAAAUGAAAACUGUGCAGCUUACUAUGUAAUGGGUAUUGUUCAUGGGGCAGCUACUUAUUUACCUGACUUUUUAGACUACUUUUCGUUUAAUUUUCCCAAUUCACCAGUGAAAAUGGAGAUUUUGGGAAAGAAAGAUAUAGAGACAACGACUAUGUCAAAUUUUCAUGCUCAGGUAAAAAGAACAUACUCACAUGGUACGUAUAGAGCUGGCCCAAUGAGACAGAUCAGCCUGGUUGGAGCAGUUGAUGAGGAAGUGGGGGAUUACUUCCCUGAAUUCCUUGAUAUGUUGGAAGAAUCACCCUUCUUAAAAUGUACACUGCCAUGGGGAACACUUUCUAGUUUAAAAUUAGAGAGUCGUAAAGACAGUGAUGAUGGUCCCAUUAUGUGGGUACGUCCGGGAGAACAGAUGAUCCCUGUGGCUGACAUGCCAAAGUCACCUUUCAAAAGGAAGAGAACUACCAAUGAAAUAAAAAACUUGCAGUACCUACCUCGAACCAGUGAACCCCGUGAAAUGCUAUUUGAAGACCGGACACGAGCCCAUGCAGAUCACAUAGGACAAGGUUUUGAACGCCAGACUACAGCUGCUGUGGGAGUGUUGAAGGCUGUGCACUGUGGAGAGUGGUCUGAGCAGCCUCGUAUAACCAAAGACGUAAUUUGUUUUCAUGCUGAAGACUUCUUAGAGGUAGUUCAGCGAAUGCAAUUAGAUUUGCAUGAGCCUCCGCUCUCACAGUGUGUCCAGUGGGUCGAUGAUGCAAAACUUAACCAACUGCGAAGGGAAGGCAUUCGAUAUGCCAGAAUUCAGUUAUUCGAUAAUGACAUUUAUUUUAUCCCAAGGAAUGUUGUGCAUCAGUUCAAAACAGUUUCAGCUGUGUGCAGUUUGGCUUGGCACAUCCGGCUCAAGCUGUAUCAUUCAGAGGAAGAACCUUCCCAAAAUACAAGUCCUGCUGAAGCAGGGACCUCUGCAGAUGCCAAGUCUUCGGUUAUUGGACUUCAGACUGACAGCAGAAUUUGUACGAUAAGCAAAAAUACCUCCGAAGACACCAAAUUUUCAGAUGCUCUGCAGACAAAGUAUCUGCAGCAGGAAUUUAUGCCGAUUAAACAUGAACCUGUUGCAUCUCACCGAAUAAAAGAAGAACCCAUGAAUGUUGAUGUUGCUGAAAAGACAGUGGCACCUAAUAACGUCGGGGGCCAGAAUGUUCAGACUAGAUUGGAUCACGUUGAAUUGGCGGCAUUUAAGUUGGAAAUGGAUUCUAAAUUCGAACCCGGCGACAAGGAUUUACAAGGCAAGUUGUGCCCCGGAGGUCACAUACAUCCAGAUGAUACAAGACAACAUAGUUCAUCAUAUCCAAAACUGCAUGGACAAAGAGAGGAUGAUUUUUUGUGCUAAAUUUGUAUAUAUGGUUUUAAAUUCCUUUUUAAACUUAAUGAUGUAAUAAUGUAAAGAUUCAUAAAUUCUGUGAGGCAAGUUUGUGACUUGCCUUCGCAUCUGUUACAGAAAAUAGUUAUGUAGCUUUGUAACAUUCCUCAGUGCCUGUCCAUAACUGUGAAGUAUCAAAGCACUUAGGGCCAGAUGCACUGUAAACACUGCAGGUUUAACAUAAAGAAGUCUUUAAAUAAUUUUGAGUUGUAGGUUUUAGAGUAGAGCUGACAUUUAACAUAUAUAUUUUUUGUAAGAUGAGCCAGAAUUCUUUUUGACAAUUCCAGGCUUUUCCAUAGAGCUUAUUUAUACCAAUUUUUUCAUUUUAAAUGUGUCAGCACUGUAGUGUAAAUAUCUUUUUUAAAAAUCUUUUUAGUGUGAUUUAUACUGAAAUGUGAGCCGCUUAAUAAAGGUUCAUAAUAACAGAUUGGUUUUAUUUUUGGGUCUGCAAAAAAUAAUUCAGUUAAACUGCCUCUCUAAAUGGUUACGUUUCUACCGGCACUAAAGCAUAGGGUGCCCUUACGCCACUGUGGGGUGAGGAGCUGUAGCAAACUGAGGUAGACCUGAGGCGUUCUUUGUAAAUGGAGGUCAGUCAGAAUGCAAAAUCGGUCCUCCCUUCGCAGGAUUCCUUGCAGUCGCUCAUUAAAGGCACUCCCCAAACUCUGCUCUCAGAUGUUAACGUGGAACAGAGAGGCAAACCGUCCCCUGUUGUGGAGGGCAGCUGGACACCCACUGGGCUCCAGGAGGCCACCAGUAACUGUGAGCAUCUCUAGGAGCAAGCUCCCUUCUGUGGUGGCCUCUUCCCCCUGCUCACCCCACAGUUAAGACAGUUCCAUUUCACAUUUUAAAAAACCCACAAAACAACCAACAACCACCCCUCUCAAGUUAAAUAAGUUAUCUGACUAAAAUUAAAUAAAAAAAGAUUGAAAUGGUUACUUAUCAAGUUAUAAAGGCCUCAUCUUUAGCAGUGACCUAUAAUUCAUAGAGACUCAUUUGGAUUUGAAUUGCUCCCUAUGCUGGUAGUGCCAGGCAAUAAAGAUACUUGUCAGUGUGUCCUCAGGAGUCCCAGUUUGGAAGCAAGAAUUGUUUCGUUAAGAGAAUACAGUGGUGUCUAAGUUUAACUGUUCUCCCCUCUCCCUGCCUCUGGAACGCUCAAAUUCUCUUAAGCUGCGUUCUAAGGGAAGAGGAUUUCAAGGCUAGCUAGCAUCUGAUGUGGCAAUGGCAAAAACUCUUGUCAUUUAACUUAUUUAAUUCUUUGUGUAACAUAUUACUGUAUAGUUCAAACACAUCUGAAUGAUGUUUCUUUUUCAGGUAGCUACAAAUAGCAGUAAACUGCCCUACAGCCUGUCCUUCAACUAAGUAUUUAAAACUUAAGAUCUUAGGCCUGUUAUUUCCAAAGCCCUCUCUAUCUCUGAUUUUUUUCUGUUGUGUGUGUGUAUCUGUUUUUCCCUAUAACUUUCUGAAAGUUGUACCUCCUCACGUACCCAGUUUAUAAGCUUUGAUGCACUUAGUGAUCACUCUGGCUUCAUUUGUAGCAACAGAACAAUGUGAUUUUAUAGGUGAUGCCUAAUUCAACUACCUGAGGCCCUUUUGUUGCAAACAAUUUUUGCUUAUACGUUGUUAAAAUUCAAAACGUUACUGUGUACUUAUGCCUGGCACUGAAAUCAGCCAUUUAACGGAUGCGUGCCGUGAUUUGUUGAAAUCUAAAAUAGGUCUGUCAAGGCAUUAUUAAUUAAAUAUUUGAAUCGCUAAACAUUACUCCUGUAUAGCCAUAAUUACGUAUUAGAGAAGCAAUAGGAACAUGAAUCUCUUCAUUCACAUGUGGCUAAUGUGUCCUUAAGUCUUACUGCUUUUUUCUUUAAUGCUGGCUAAGAGAUUACUACCGGUUUUGCAGCCUCAGGGAUCUUGCUUUCCCCUCACGCCAUGAGCAAGUGAUUCAUGUGUGACAUGGUAAGUUACUACUCUGGCAGAUUCUGAUUUGAAAAAUUAAUUGGUUCAUGUAAGAAUUUGAGCCUUCCUGAUAGUAGAAAUGUGGUUUCAGCUCCCUUUGUGUUUUCUGGAUUAUCUGGAAACUUCCACCCGUAAUCUCUUUGGCAUUAUGAACAUCCACACACAGUUAUGUAGCCUUCCAGUCCCGUUCUCUGCGCCAGCCGGUGGAGAGCAGUAAAAGAGCAGAGCUGCAGGUUGUAGUUUGUACCAAACGUACGCCUUUCCCAAGUGGGUUAGCAGAAGGCUCCAGCUUUAUCAAAACCAGCCAUCCCAGAUACUAUUUUAAAAAAAAAAAAAAGCACACCACAACUACUUAGUUUACUUAAAAAAAAAUAAAAAAUCUUAUUUGUAUGCUGGUGACCCAUACGCUGAGCAUUCAUUUUUUUAAAAAUCUGUCAGACUUUAGUAAAGUGUGUACAUCCCCCUUGACAGCCGACAGCUUUCUGCAUCACAGGCCUUGUCCGGACUGAAAAAAUAAAUUCUUUAAGAAUGGUUUAGCAAACAUGACUUUACAUUUAAGAGUAGAACUUUGAUUCCUUUUGAAGACCUGCUCAGUGUCUUGGCUGAUACGGCCUCACACUUCUGCUCAGGUAUGUCCUGGUUCUGAAAUUUUGCUUCUAAACUGCCUAUGUCUUCAACCUGGUGUUUGGUUUUUUUUUUUUUUUUUUUCCCCAAUCACUUUCAGAAUUUUAAGAGAUUAACAAAAACUGGCAGUUUUUGCAAAUUUUAUGCACCCUUUUAAUUUUGAUUUUUUGAGACAGAUUCAGUUUUAGGCAGAAUUCCUUGCAGACAGAGCAUGAACAAUACUGGGGUUACCAAUGGCUAUCAGAACUGCCUUUGUACUCAGAGGUGUAGCAGUCUGGGUUGACUGGCUGUAUUAGUGUAUACUUCUUACUUUGCCUUUUUUUGAAAAAAAAAAAAAAAAAAAAAAAAAAAAGCUGCUUUUGUCCUCUGCCUGUGGUGUAGGUUUGAUGCGGUUGCUCUUUAAGAGGGGAGCACCUUUUCUGAGGGUUUCAGCUCCCAAAUUGUUCAUUAGUCUGACAAAGGUCUUGCUUUGGUUUCCAGUGGUCCUGUGCGAUAACCUUUGUUCCUGCCGAGUACAACUUCAUAUUCAGACUUUUGCUUCAGCAAUAAAUCUCUCAUGGCUUCCGAUGUACUGAAACUAGUCUUUGCUUAUUGCUUUUUUCCUCCCUCCCUGGACUUCAGUUAUGCAUAAAUCUUUCCGUUCUUCCGACUGAAAUCUCCAGUGUUUUAGUUGUCUCUCUUGGCCCUUGUUCUUCUGCAGAUUGGAAGGAUCUGCUCCAGGCCUGUACUGCAGUGGUGUUGCCAUCUGUGCGUUUGCAGUGGUGUUCCGGUUAAUGACAUGAUGUGCAGAAAUUUAGACACGUUUUCCUAGAUAUUGGUACCAUAUUUGUGGGUAGCAAAGAAUUGCGUUGUUACUGUCGCUACCAAUAGCUUUCAAGAUGGUAGCUACUUUUUUUUUUUUUUUUAAAUUACUGGAUCUUUUGCGUUUCACUGGCAACUGACUUCGUGUGUUACAUACAAGUGUUACUCAGUGUUGUGUCAUCCCCCAGCCCUCCAAAUGCCUGCAAAUUGACUCUCAAACAGCAUUUUCACUACAGGUACUGUUGGCAUGCAGAUUUUCCCUUCCUUGUUACUAGAGUGAAUAUUUCAAUACUUCUUUAACUGAAAUAUUAAUUCUAUCUAGUAUUAGAAAUAAAGUAUUAUUUCAGAGGGUGAUCAUUUUAAGCAUUCAUCUGUGAAAGAAUUCCUUGGUGAUAAAUAAAAUUGAUUUUGAAGCAGA